AUGGCGGGCCUGCUCAGCGAUGUACCAUCCUGCUACCUAUACGAUAGCGGAAGCAAAUCCUUUUCAUUGAAUCCAGACUAUGAACGAAAUGGGAGAAAGCGCUCUGAACGAUAUUUCGCUUUCGUUUUCUUCGAUGGUCUAGAGUUUCCCAGUCAAAGUAGUUUGGCGUGGGUUCAUAUCGAUCAUUUUGAGGAGUGGGAUAAGGAGAAAGCGAAGAAGAUUGAGCACAGUCAACAAGCUAUCAACUAUAUAAAAGAGGAAGCUAAGAGUCAGAAUAGACAAUAUGGCUCUGACGAUAAGAUCCCGGACUCAGAGGCCAAUAAUGGUCUAUUCUUAGGGUUCCCAGUUCGCUUGCCUUCGAGAAAUCUACAGCCUCGCUCUAAUGAGGGAGAUCUGGAAAUUAUGCUUAAGACGCAAGAAAAGCCAGAAGUCAGCAUCGGGCAAGCAAAGCCAACUUCGCUGCAAUACUCUAAUGGAAAGGCAGGCAAAAGGCCAACUAGAGUCACGCCGCGACGAAAUCUGCAUUCCAUGAGUCUCAGACAUCACAGUACUAUCCACGGCACUGAAUCGCACUCACAAGUCGAUCCCGAAAAUGAAGACGUCGCGGAUAUUGACGAAGAAGAUCAAUAUGGAUCACAAAAUAUGAACGAAAGACACAAGGCUCAUGGUAGAUGCCAGUGUAAAGGAGGUUGUGAUAGUGGUUGUUCCAAUCUAUACGCACUGAUUUCAUGUGACAACGAAACGUGCAACGUCAAUAAAUCGGCCUGUAAAAAUCGCCAAACUCUAGAAGGAGAGGGUUGUCUUGCUAAGAGACUAACAGAGGCCUAUGGAAUGGAAUUAUAUCUUGAUGGCGAUGAUAUUCAGGAGGGUGCUAAACUCGCGCGAUACUCUGGAUCACCCAUCCCUGGUGACGAUCUCCGUCGCCUCAGGAAGGAAACUGAUGACCAUAUUAUAAAGGGCCACUACGUAGUACAGCGGAAAUACAGCGACCUCUUUGUUGAUGCAGAGCACGAGGAUAUUAUAGCCAAAUACGCGAACCACAGUUGCCAACCAAACUGUGAAUUGCAGGAAUGGCUAGGUAGCAGAGGCCCAAUACUCUUUUUGGUUGCUUCCGAGCCCAUAGAGAGAGGCGACCCCAUAACGUUUAAGUAUAACCCGAAGGAAGCUCCCACCUCCGUUCGUGUCCGGUUCAAUGAACAAGUACAUGACCAAGGCAUUUGUUAUUGUGCCUCCCCAUCCUGCCAGUGGACACCUCCCGAGGCGGUUCAAGGGGUAUUGGACUGGAUUGAGAAGAAAGACCAAUGCCCAAAUCGUAUGGAAGCAAACCCCCAGACCAUUAGGAUAACAUUGCCCCGGAACCCAACACUUAUACAUUAUACUCUAAAUUCACGAUUAAGCAUCAAGGAUCAACUUCUACAUUUAAGGAGGCAGCUGGAAGAUAAAUUGUUAAUCUUAGAGUAA